AUGCCUUCAACUGUCAAGGAAACCACUCCUCCAACUGCUAACACUACUGAUACCGAUAUGCAAAAUCCUGAGGAUGUACCAGAUACUCAAUUGGGCUUGACUGCCAUUGAAGUAAGCUCCAAAGGAAAAUCUGUAGUUGUUAACCAAAGGAUGGAAACUACUUCCCAGAAGAGUCUGUCCAAUACUUUCCAAACGGGUCCUUUUGUCAAUAGAUCUACUAGCCUAAAGAUUUUUGAUGUUGGUCUGGUUCAAAAACAUCCAACUCAGUUGGAAAACGGCUUGCCAAUAAUAUUAAAGCAAGUUACUACUAAAAAUGUUACUGUUGCUGCCUCAAUCACUGGUUCAGAGUCUUCCCCAAGUGGACCGAUUCGUACCACUAACUCUUCAAGAAGAUUCAAAACUGCAGCUCUCCCAAAUACCAGUCCUAUUGCCACUAGAGGAUCUGGAGGUUCUGCUGAAAAGGAAGCUAUAGCCAAUCUCAAAAGAAAAAUCAACCCAAGGUCAGACUUAAGAAAACGCACCAGAGAAAAUUCUAAUGCAACUAGUCUUGCUGUUAUCCCUGAAGAACAAACCUCUACUGAACCCGACUAUGCUCAGCUGUGUACCCCAAUUACCAAUCUGGGUAGCAAUGACGUUUGCAAUAAUUCCCCUCUCAAUGCUGCCAAUUUUAGUCUCAAUUCCUCCCAAAGUUCUACUCAAAAUGGUGAAAGUUCCAAUAUCUCUCUUGGUGGUGGAUCCGACUCUUCCUCUCAGGUAAAUUCUAUCCCAAACAAUCCUAUUCUUGAUAGCACAGACCCUGUUUUGAACCAUUUCCCUGUGAACAACAUAAAUCUUAUAGCAUGGAACCUUAGAGGCUUUGGUAAAAAAUCUGCCAAUAAAGAACCGAGUAUGCUAUGUAGGAAUGUUAACCCUGAUAUCAUUUUCCUCUCUGAGACUAAAAUGGGGAAAGAUAUGGUUGCUAGGAAACUAAAAAAUAUGGGUUUUCCUUGCACUUUCAAUGUUCCUAGUGUUGGUAGAAGUGGUGGCCUGGUGUUGGCUUGGAAAAAAGAAAUCCAUAUGAACAUUAUAUCUUCUAGCUUAAGGGGGAUCUAUGUGACUUCUACUGACAUCAUUCAUUCUAAAACUUGUCAUAUUUAUUUUAUGUAUGGUGAACCUAAUAGUACUCUCAGACCCUCUUUUUGGGAACAACAAUGUCAACAGACUAUUGCUCCCAUAGAUGAACCUGUUUUUGUUAUUGGUGAUUUCAAUACCCUUUUAGGAACAGAAGAUAAGAAUGGUGGUCUAGAAGUAAAUGAAUCUGAUUUUGAACAUCUAAGAAACUUUUGUUCUACCUUCAGUUUGCACGAUCCUGGUUUUUCUGGUUCAAGAUUCACUUGGUCCAAUAUGCAACAAGGUCCUGAUCUAAUCUUAGAAAGAUUAGACAGAUGUUUUCUAAACCAAAUUGCUGAGGACCUUUGUCCCAAAUUCUGUGUUAACAAUCUCCCUAGAGAUUCCUCUGAUCAUUGUCCCAUGCAUAUAGUUUUCAACUAUGAGGAAAAUUGUAUGCCUAGACCUUUUCAUUUUAUGGUUAUGUGGAUUGAGGAUCCUACUUGCAGAGACAUUAUAGCUAACUCUUGGUCUGUCAAUGUUAUAGGCUCCCCAGCUUAUAAACUAAAAGCUAAAUUGCUUAGUACUAAAAAAGGUCUUAGAGACUGGAACAAAUCCUCUUUUGGUAAUAUUCAAACUGAUAUAUCUAUCAUUAGGAAAGAUUUGUUAAAUUUACAGAUUUUUGAUCCUACUGAUACUGCUGCUACUGCUAGACUUAAAGCCAGAUUAGAGUACCUUUAUACUUUGGAGAAACUUUAUUGGAAAGAUAAAUCUAGAGAAGUUUGGCUCAUUGAAGGUGAUAGAAAUACACCUUACUUUCAUAGAGUCACCAUAUUCAGAAGAAAGAGGAAUGCCAUCAGUUGGAUCAAGGAUUCUACUAAUGUUAUCCUAACUGAUAGAGAUAGCAUUGGGAAUUCUUUAUUAGAUUACUUUACAAAUCUUUACUCUUCUCAACCCCAACAAUUUCAGGAUGAAAUUCUAAAUGAGCUCCCUGUGAAAUUUUCUGCUGAGGAUAAUGAUUCUCUAAAACUUCCUCUCACUGCUUCGGAAAUAAAAAAUGUUGUUUUUCAAAUGGGAGCCAUAUAUUUUGUUAAUCAUAAUGACAAAGUUGAGGGUACUGCUGCCAUCAAACUUGAUAUGUCAAAGGCUUAUGAUAAAUUGGAAUGGUCCUUCUUAGAAAAAGUUUUGAGAAAAAUGGGGUUAGCUGAAAACUGGAUCAAACUCAUAAAUCAGUGUGUUUCCACUGUUUCCUAUUCUGUCCUUCUUAAUGGUAGCCCUACUGGUUUUUUUCAACCUGAGAGAGGUCAAAGGAAAGGGGAUCCCUUAUCCCCUUACCUUUACAUUAUCUGUGCUGAGUCUUUAUCUUCUUACAUGGAUAGUCUUCAAAGAAAUGGAACUCUCAAGGGUAUCAAAAUUUGUAAAAAUGCUCCUGAAAUGACCCAUUUUCUGUUUGCUGAUGAUUCUCUCCUUUUCUCCUCUGCUACUACUGAAAAUUUUACUGUCAUAAAAAACUAUCUUCAAAAGUAUUAUCUUGCCUCUGGUCAGGAAAUCAAUUUUGACAAGUCUGGUAUUCUUUUUAGUAGAAAAAUCCCUGAACAUAGGAAAGCCAUUUUAGCCAAUAUUCUGGAUAUCCAUAACAGGGAUUUAGGCGAGAAAUACCUGGGCACUCCAACUAUUUUCAAAGUUUCUAAAAUCCAAACUCAUAUGAGUAUCUUGCAGGCUGUGGAUGCCAGAAUAACUAUUUGGAUUCAUAAACUCCUCUCUCAGGCCGCUAGAAAUACUCUAGUGAAACACAUUGGUCAAGCCAUUCCCUUGUAUCAAAUGGGGGCUUUCUUAAUUCCUAAGCAUCUAUGUAGACAGAUGGAUGCCAACUUUUGUAAAUUCUGGUGGGGAGAAUCUCUAGACCCAAAAGAUAGAAAGCUACAUCUUUUGGGUUGGGAUACUUUGUGCUCCCUUAAAUCCGAAGGUGGUAUGGGAUUUCGUAAAGCUGAGCUAAACAACCUGGCUAUGUUAGCCAGAAAUGCCUGGAAAAUAAUUGAAAAUCCUGAUUGUAUGUUAGCUCAGAUUUUAAAAGUUAGAUAUUUUCCUAGGACUGAUUUCCUGAAUGCUAAGUGUCCUGCCAAGUGCUCUUGGACUUGGAAAUGUCUCCAUGCUAUAAAGGAGUUGAUUAAACCCUUUGUCUCUUGGAUUGUUGGGGAUGGUAAAUUUAUCGACCCUUGGUGUGAUAAAUGGACUCCAAGUCUGGGGUUUGCCACUCCUAGCCCUCUCACCCCUCAGGACCCUAACCUAAGAGUUGAUUAUUUUAUUGAUAACUCCACUAGAACCUGGAAUGUUUCUAAACUCACUACUCAUUUUGAUGAUGCUUUUGUUAAGAAGAUCGUCACUAUUCCCUUAAGCCAGCAUUGCACUCCUGACAGGAGGGCUUGGGACCUCUCGAAGAAUGGAAAAUUUUCUUCAAAAUAUGCUUACUUGGGUCUCAGAGGUUUCAACCCCUCUCCCUGUAAAAAUCUUUGGUUACAUAUUUGGAAGAUUAGAGUUCCUUACAGAAUUCAACUCUUCCUUUGGAAAGCUGCUAUAAACGCCCUUCCUGCUAGAACUGUUAUCCAUACCAGAAUGCCCAUGCAUUCUGUUGAAUGUGCUAUAUUCUUGUCAGCGGAGGAAGUUGAAGCUAAAGCUAUCAGGGUAAUUCUCAAGAAAGUUGUGGAACAGAAGAUGACUCAUAUCAUCAUUGAAAGUGACGCUAAGAAGCUAGUGGAACAAUUCUCUUUGGGUCAUUUUGAAGGUGAUUCCAGGACAGAUGCAAUCUUCAAAGACAUUCAGUUGUUUGCUUCUUCUUUAGUUACCUAUAUUUUUAGUUUCCAACCUAGAACAUGUAAUACUGUUGCUCAUGAGCUAGCUCAAUGGUCUAAACGGAAAAAAAACAUCUAUGUACUGGUCUAUGCCUCCUACUUGGAUAGCUCCAGCAGUUGA